AUGUCGGUAUACGACGCCGCUUUCGUCGACACAGAGCUUUCCAAACGCACUUCCAUCUUCGGCCUCCGUCUCUGGGUCGUCAUUGGCAUCCUCGUCGGAUCCCUCAUCGUCAUCGUCCUCUUCCUGCUCUCGCUCUGCCUCACCUCCCGCCGCCGCCACCACCACCACAAAAACCCCCUCCGCCGCCGCACCGCCGCCGUCCCUACGCCGCCCAUCUCCAAGGAAAUCCUCGAGAUCGUCCACGUUCCCCCGCCGCCUGACACCGUCCACCUCCCGCCGCCGAAGCCGGAGACCCGCGCCGCCGCUACCUCUGCCGCGGUAGUGUACUCCAGUGGGGAGAGUAGGGGAACUGUGAGCGCAUGCGAAACGGCUUCAUCGCUGGGGAGCGGGAGUGUGGGCCCCGAAGUGUCGCAUCUUGGGUGGGGGAGGUGGUACACGCUGAGGGAACUCGAAGCUGCUACUAACGGGUUGUGCGAAGAGAACGUGAUUGGUGAAGGUGGCUAUGGAAUCGUGUAUCGUGGGUUGUUACCUGAUGGUACCAAGGUUGCUGUCAAGAACCUUUUGAAUAAUAAGGGCCAAGCUGAGAGAGAAUUUAAAGUAGAGGUAGAAGCUAUUGGUCGUGUGCGGCACAAGAAUCUUGUUAGGUUGCUUGGAUACUGUGUUGAGGGGGCGUACAGGAUGCUUGUGUAUGAAUAUGUUGACAAUGGGAAUCUUGAACAGUGGCUGCAUGGGGAUGUUGGAACUGUAAGCCCUGUAACUUGGGAUAUCCGCAUGAACAUUAUACUGGGCAUGGCAAAAGGAUUGGCUUAUCUUCAUGAGGGUCUUGAACCGAAAGUUGUCCACCGAGAUGUGAAGUCGAGCAACAUCCUGCUUGAUCGCCAAUGGAAUCCAAAGGUUUCUGAUUUUGGGCUUGCUAAGCUUUUGUCUGCUGAUCAUAGUUAUGUAACUACUCGAGUGAUGGGGACGUUUGGUUAUGUUGCACCUGAGUAUGCUUGCACUGGAAUGCUGACUGAGAAGAGUGAUGUGUAUAGUUUUGGGAUACUUAUCAUGGAAAUAAUUACCGGAAGAAGUCCUGUUGAUUAUAGUAGACCACAAGGAGAGGUUAAUUUAAUAGAGUGGCUGAAAAGUAUGGUUGGGAAUCGAAAAUCUGAGGAAGUAGUUGAUCCUAAGCUUGCCGAAAAGCCAUCUCCAAGGGCUCUUAAACGGGCUCUUUUGGUUGCUCUUCGAUGUGUCGACCCUGAUGCAGCAAAGAGACCUAAAAUAGGACAUGUUAUCCACAUGCUCGAGGCCGAGGACCUCUUAUUUCGUGAUGAACGAAGGGUUGGAGGAGAGUCUUCCCGUUCCCAUCGUGAUUAUCAACUGGAGCAUAAGGGCUCAGGAUUAGAUAAAAGGCAGACAGGUGGAGAAAUCACUGAUCAGAGUGAAGAUGACAGUACUAGUAGUAGAUAUCACCAGCAGCAGCCCACUAGAUGGAAAUAA